CGGCCCCGAGCGCCGAGCGGCGAGAACCGAGCGCCGCCGGAGCUGCGGCUGUUCCCGACACCGGAGCUACCGCCGGCCCGGAGCUGCUGCGGUACCGGGAGCUGCUGCUUCGACACCGGAGCUACCGCCGGCCCCGAGCUGCUGCUACCGACACCGGAGCUGCGGCUGUACCGACGGCUUGAGCUCCUGCCCGGCCCCGGAGCUGCUGCGGACACCGGAGCUCCCCCGACACGGGAGCCGCCGUUACCGACACCGGAGCCGCUGCCGGCCCGGCCCCGCUCCGCUCCCUCCGACACCGCAUCUGCGGCUACCGACACCGAGUUGCGGCUGCUGCCGACACCCGGAUCUGCUGCUGCCGGCCCCGCUCCGCCCCGACGCCCGGAGCCGCCGCUGCUGCUGACACCGGAGCCGCUGCUGCCGGCCCCGCUCCGCUCCCGCAGGAUCCCGCUCGCCCUCGGCCCCGCCUGAGCGCAGUCUGGAGAUGCUCCAUCGUGCCUGCAGCCCUCAGCUCCACAGGAAGCCUCUGAUCAGAGCUGGCUGGUAGGAGAGAGCCCGGCCUGCAGUCCCAUGCCAGCGCCUGACUCCAGAGCCACCCCUGGCAGCUCGCAGAGCAGGAGCUGAAGGAUGCUGGGCGGGAGGAGAACUGCCUGAGCCUGCAGCAUGCCAGCGUGUGCCCCCGAGCGCUGCAGCACGGCCAGGUACAACCAGACUAUGCCCGCCUUCGGGAAACCCUGCUCAGAGUGACCAGAGGACGAGAUUUGGCUGUGGGGGGAAAACACCAGCUCCAAGCCAAGCUGGAGAACCUAGAGCAGGUCCUGAAGCACAUGCGAGAGGCUGCGGAGCGGCGGCAACAGCUGGAGCUGGAGCAUGAGCAAGCACUGGCUGUCCUCAACGCCAAACAGCAGGAGAUCGAGCUGCUGCAGAAGGCUCAGGUUGAAGCCAAGAAGGAACAUGAAGGAGCAGUUCAGCUGUUAGAGAACACCCUGGACAGCAUGCAGGCCAAGGUGCGGGAGCUGGAGCAGAAAUGCCGGACGCAGAGCGAGCAGUUUAAGCUGCUGUCGCGGGAGCUGGAGCGGUUCCGGCAGCAGGCGGGCACCAUCGAGCUCCUGGGCACCUCCUCCUCCUCCUCCUCCUCCUCGCUGGCCCCGCCGGGGCCCCCCGGGAAAGCCCUGGCACAGCUGAUGAACGGCAUCGCCACCUCCAUCGGAAAAGGCCACGAGAGCCCCUCGGGAAGUCGCUGUGUGAUCUCAGAGUUCAUCAGACCCCUGCAGGUCUCUGGGGACAAGCCAGAGCAGCUGUCUGUCAAACCCACCUUCCUGUCCAAGUCCAGAUCUGGCACCCCAAGAUGCAGAUUUGAUUCAGACAUGGAUAAUGAUCAGAAUUCCAAUACCUCAAAGCAGAGAUAUUCUGGGAAAGUCCAUCUUUGCAUUGCCCGUUACAGCUACAACCCCUUCGAUGGACCCAACGAGAACCCCGAGGCCGAGCUGCCUCUCACGGCAGGGAAGUACCUCUAUGUGUAUGGGGACAUGGACGAGGAUGGCUUCUAUGAAGGAGAGCUUCUGGACGGGCAGCGGGGGCUGGUGCCCUCGAACUUUGUGGACUUUGUGCAGGACAGCGAGGCGCGGCUGUCGAGCGUGGAGGAGCAGAACGCGCUGAACCGCGCGGGCGCCGCGCUGGAGGCAGAGCUGGAGCUCAGCCCGCCCGCGCUCCCGGAGCCCGGCGGCGCGCUCAGCAACGGCGCGGGCACCCUGGACGUCAACAUCGACGAGAUCGGAGAAGACAUUGUGCCUUACCCCCGCAGAAUCACCCUCAUCAAGCAGCUGGCCAAGAGCGUCAUCGUGGGCUGGGAGCCGCCGCUGGUGCCGCCCGGCUGGGGCACCGUCAGCAGCUACAACGUGCUGGUGGACAAGGAGGUCCGGAUGAACAUCGCCCUGGGCAGCAGGACCAAAGCCCUGAUAGAGAAGCUCAACACCUCCGCCUGCACCUACCGGAUAUCCAUCCAGAGCAUCACCAGCAAGGGCAGCUCCGACGAGCUGCAGUGCACCUUGCUGGUGGGCAAGGACGUCAUCGUGGCCCCCUCCAACCUGCGCGUGGACAACAUCACCCAGAUCUCUGCCGAGCUCUCCUGGCUGCCCACCAACAGCAACUACAGCCACGUCAUCUUCCUCAACGAGGAGGAGUUCGACAUUGUCAAGGCUGCUAGCUACAAGUACCAUUUUUUUAAUUUGAAGCCCAAUAUGGCCUACAAAGUGAAGGUCAUGGCAAAGCCCCACCAGAUGCCCUGGCAGCUUCCCUUGGAGCAACGAGAGAAAAAGGAAGCCUUUGUGGAGUUUUCUACGUUGCCAGCAGGUCCCCCAGCCCCACCUCAGGAGCUGUGUGUGCGGGCAGGGAGCGCCCCAGGGACGCUCCAGGUGUGCUGGAAGCCCCCAGCGCUGUCAGCCACGGGGACGUCCCACGGUGCCACCGUCACAGGCUACGCGGUCUAUGCCAAAGGGCAGCGGGUCUCUGAGGUGUCCCUCCCCGCCGCAGAGGGCACGGCGCUGGAGCUGCCGCGGCUGCGCGCCCUGGACGCCCGCGAGCUCACCGUGCGGACGCUCUCGGUGCAGGGCGAGUCCCUGGACUCUGCCCCUGCUGCCAUUCCCCCCGAGCUCCUGGUGCCUCCGCCCCCCCAGCCCCGCGCUGCUCCCAAAGCCAAGCCAUUAGCAAGUGCCGGAGCCCCAGAAACCAAAGAAGAACAUUUCGGGCCGCAUUUCAAGCGGGAUGAGUCCUGGGAGCAGACUCGCUCGGUGUCCCCCGGGCACGGACACAUGCUGGAGCCCCCCGCCUUCCACGGCCCCCUCCAGGGCAGGAGGUCUCCGUCCCCCAACAGGAUCCUGCCCCAGCCUCAAGGCACCCCGGUGCCCCACACCGUCGCUAAAGCCAUGGCGAGGGAAGCUGCGCAGAGGGUGGCCGAGAGCAACAGGAUGGAGAGGAGGAGCGUUUUCAGCGAGAGGAGCAGCGCAGCCCCGUACUCGGACGAGGAGGAGGAGGAUGGCUACGACUCGCCCCGGGUGAAGCGGAGGGGAGCCUCGGUGGAUGAGUUCCUGAAGGAGUCCGAGCUGGGCAAGCAGGCUCACUACUGCCUGGGGGACGAGUACCACACGGAGAGCAGCCGCGGCUCGGACCUGUCCGACAUCCUGGAGGAGGAUGAGGAGGAGCUCUACUCCGAGAUGCAGCUGGAGGAGGGCGGGCGGCGGCGCCUGAGCCUGGGCUCGCACGGCACGCUCAAGGAGUACGAUAAGAAUAAGACCACUGAAGCCACUUUUGUGGAACAGCCUGGCUUUCCCCAGCAGACACGGCACAGUAAAAGGCUUUUCAGUAUCCCAGAGGUGGCUGAAGAGGACGGUGAAUACCCCGAAGUGCUGUACAAGCAGGGUUUAGGUAUGCCCUAUAGAAAGAACCCCAGAAUAGCUAGAGGCCCCCGGGCGGGCAGGCCGUGCCGUCAGGAGCAGCAGCACAGCCCCAGGCGCCCGGGCAGGGCCAGGGCAGGGCCGGGGCGGCAGGAGCUGCAGGACAGAGGAGGGAAGGGCAGCCAGGCCCUGUCCCGCAGCCCCGACAGCGGCCUGGACUGCGGCAGCGAGGAGGAGGAGCCCCGGCCGGGCCGGGCACCGUGGGGCAGCGAUGAGGAGCAGCCCUGGUGGGGCGGCACGCACAGGAGGGACAGCGAGGAAGAGUGGCCCCGGUUUGGUGUCAGGGCUCAAAGGAGCAGUGAUGAGGAGUGGUCCCGGGUCAGUGUCAGAGCCCCAAGGAGCAGCGAUGAAGAGCGGUCCCAGCACAGUUUCAGACACCAGAGGAGCAGCGAUGAGGAGUGGUCCCGGUUUGGUGGCAGACCCCAGUGGGGCAGUGAUGAAGAGUGGUCCAAGCACAAUUUCAGACCCCAAAGGAGCAGUGAUGAAGAGCAACCCUGGCUUGGUGGCAGACCCCAAAGGAGCAGUGAUGAAGAGCGGCCCCGGCGUGGUGUCAGAGCCCAGAGGAGCAGCAAUGAAGAGCGGCCCCGGUUGGGUGUCAGACACAGGAGUGGCAGUGAGGAAGAGGAGCCCCGGCCCAGUUUCAGACACAGGCGUAGCAGUGAGGAAGAGCGGUCACAGCACAGUGUCAGAGCCCAGUGGGGCAGCGAUGAAGAGCGGCCCCGGUUGGGUGUCAGACACAGGAGUGGCAGCAAUGAAGAGCCGUUCCAGCCCAGUGUCAGAGCCCAGUGGGGCAGCGAUGAAGAGCGGCCCCGGUUGGGUGUCAGAGCCCAAAGGAGCAGCGAUGAAGAGCGGCCACAGCACAGUGUCAGAGCCCAAAGGAGCAGCGAUGAAGAGCCGUUCCAGCCCAGUGUCAGAGCCCAGUGGGAUGGUGAUGAAGAGCGGCCCCGGCUGAGUGUCAGACACAGGAGUGGCGGCGAUGAGGAGCGGCCCCAGUCCCACGCCAGGCCCCAGUGGGGCGGCGAUGAGGAGCGGCCCCAGCGCUCUGUCCGAGCCCCCCAGGAGCCCGGCCCGUGCCCGUGCCCGUGCCGGCGGGGCCCGCGGCCGCCGCUGUCGCGCAGGAGGACGCUGACCCGGCAGAGCAGCAUCGAGGAGGAUUUCGGGGAGCUGGAGCCGCCCGGGGCUCCGCGCAGAGCCGAGCACGAGCGGGGCUGGAGGAGCCUCCCCCGAGCAGCCCAGCCCAGGGCAGCGGCUGCCCUGGCACAGCCACCCCUCAGAGAGGCACAAGACGCCCUGCUUUUAGGUAACCCAGCCUCUGCAGGACGGCCUGACAGGGUGGAGCAUGCGGGGCGAAGGUCCUCCCAUGGCAGUGCAGUGCCACAAAGGUCUCGGCCCCUGCUGGUGCCCUCCAUUGAUGGCUACGGUGGCCACGACCGCCUCUCCCCAGACAUGUAUGAGGAGUCUGAGACAGACCCUGGCACAGAGGACCUUUCCACUCGAAUCUUUGUUGCACUUUUUGACUACGACCCGCUGACCAUGUCCCCGAACCCCGAUGCUGCAGAGGAGGAGCUGCCCUUCAAGGAGGGACAGAUCAUUAAGGUUUAUGGGGACAAAGAUGCUGAUGGGUUUUACCGUGGAGAAACCUGUGCAAGAGUUGGCCUUAUCCCCUGUAACAUGGUCUCUGAGAUACAGGCAGAUGAUGAAGAGAUGAUGGAUCAACUCCUUAAACAAGGUUUCCUUCCCUUGAACACUCCAAUUGAGAAAAUAGCAGAGCCCCGUGGCCGGCGCGGGGGCCGGCAGCAGCCGCUGACCACCCGCAGGAUGGUGGCUCUCUACGACUACGACCCCAGGGAGAGCUCCCCCAACGUGGAUGUGGAGGCCGAGCUGACCUUCUGCACUGGGGACAUCAUCACUGUCUUUGGUGAGAUCGAUGAAGAUGGAUUUUACUAUGGGGAGCUCAAUGGACACAAGGGGCUGGUUCCUUCCAACUUCCUCGAAGAAGUGCCUGACGAUGUGGAAGUGUUUCUCUCGGACGCGCCCGCGCGCUACGGCCACGACGCGCCCAUGCGGGCCAAGGCCAAAAGGGUUCCUCCUGAGAAUACAGGUACCUCCCGGAGAGCACCUUCCCCCACAGUUCAUCUCCAUUCCGGGUCUCCUCCGUCACCUGUGCUGGGCUCUGGGAGCCCCGGCAGAGGCAGGGAUAUGGCCUCGAAAAAGAAAAAGGGGCUGCUUUCCAAAGGCAAGAAACUGCUGAAAAGGCUUGGUGCAGUGAAAUGAGUCAUGUGCUCCUGGACAACUUGUAAAGCUUCCAGUCUGUGUACUUUUUUUUUUUUUUAAAGUCAAAACUAGGGCUUUCAUGACUAUGCAGUACUUUACCAGACCGUUGCAUUUUUAACUCUGACAUCAACAGAGUCAUGCCAAUUGCUUAAUCAAAACAGCAAGGAAAAAAGGGAAAUGCAUUUGUUGUUGCAAAAACAUUUUUUAAAAAGUUAAAAAAAAAAAAAAAAAAAAAAAAAAAAAGGUUAUGGGCUUAAGACCAGAAGAACAUGGUUUUAUUUGAAGUCAUCUCAACACCUGCAACUCCACUGGAAAAAUCUCAGCCUUUAUUCUCCUUUAACCAUGAGUGGGGGGAGAAAACUCAUUCACUGAUUGCUAGUUCAGAGAGAUCACCCCACUGGAUCCACUCAUUAACAAAAAUGGUCUUGAAACUCCUAGUUGAAUCAGCCUUGAUGUUUUGCCUUAUUACUGCACAAUGAUUUGUACUGUCUAAUAAAUAUGCAGCGUAUACUUUGUAUGUACUGUGUAUGCAGCUGUGUCCAUCCUCCCUCCACCAGUAGCUCCAGGUGAACACUGGUACUGCCCCAGCCCUGUCUGAUGGACUCCUGGCAGUGUGCAAGUGCUGUGCUAAACCCUCCUCAGUUUUGGUCCCCCAGUAAAAACCACACCCUGUACUGGUUUGCCAUUCUCACUCCAGGGGAACCAGGCAGUGCAAGUUACUCAGAACCUCACCCCAUUUCAAUCUCCAGUUCUGGGGUUCCUGGUUCCCUGUUCUAAGCUAUGGGAAAAAACCAACUGCACACCAAAAGCCCUUUAGUCCCUGUUUUUUUCUGUGGAGGUUCAGUCCUAGGUUAAAAGGCAUUUUCAUUCUGCUGCUGUCAGAUUGAGGCAAGUCCAUCUGCAGUGAAAGGACAAAGUGUUCCAGCCACAGCCCCACGAGGCUGCACCAGGCUCUAUCAACCCCAACUGCAACAUUGGCAUAUCACAAAAACCAAUCCUCCACACUGAUGGCAGUCAUUGGCUGUUACUAUUUUGUAAUUCUUGUCCAUUUGUAAAUUGUUUUUACUGUUUAUACAUACUUUUCAGACUGCCUUUCUUUUUGUAAUUUACGGAAGGUUUAUAAAUGAAUGAUCAAAGCUUCCCCAUUGUGUCUUCAGAUAACAAUGUAAAUUACUGUAAAAUACUGUGUGCUAGAUUAUAAGAUUUAAUUAAAGAAAAUAACUGGCCUACAUUUGUGGUAAAGUACCGUGUGGGUGUGUGCAUGUGUACAAUCGUUGUGUAUAAUAUUUUAUAUAAAUAAAUAAUUUGAUAUUUUGUAGA